AUGGUACAGCUGGGGAAGAGGUAUCUGAGGGCAGGGUAUCAGGGUGCCAGUGAUGACCAGAUUGUCUACACCAUAGUGCGCUCCAAAGGAAGACCCAAACAUGGUACGGUACAUAACCUUAUCCCCCAAACAUGGUACGGUACAUAACCUUAUCCCCCAAACAUGGUACGGUACAUAACCUUAUCCCCCAAACAUGCUCCUGUUUCUGCUCACUCACACUGUGUUCAUUUGGUAAUGAUGCUAAUUUGUCUUUCUGACUUUCGCUUCCAUCCCACAUCGCUCUCAUACCCUUAAUUAUCCCCCCCUUACCCUCGCUCUCUCUCCCUUCCUUCCUCUCUCUCUCCUCUCCUCUCUCCUCUCUCCUUCCUUCCUCUCUCCUCUCUCUCUCCCUUCCUUUCUCUCUCCUCUCUCCUCUCUCUCUCUCCCUUCCUUCCUUCCUCUCUCCUCUCUCUCUCUCCCUUCCUUUCUCUCCCCCCUACCCUCUCUCUCUCUCCCUUCCUGAUUCUCUCCCCCCUACCCUCUCUUUCUCCCUUCUGAUUCGCUCUCCUCUACCCUCUCUCUCUCCCUUCCUUCCUCUCUCCUCUACCCUCUCUCCCUUCCUGAUUCUUUCCCCCCUACUCUCUCUCUCUCCCUUCCUGAUUCUUUCCCCCUACUCUCUCUCUCUCCCUUCCUGAUUCUUUCCCCCCUACUCUCUCUCUCUCCCUUCCUGAUUCUUUCCCCCCUACCCUCUCUCUCUCCCUUCCUGAUUCUUUCCCCCCUACCCCUCUCUCUCCCUUCCUGAAUUCUUUUCCCCCCUACCCUCUCUCUCUCCCUUCCUUCCUCUCUCCUCUACCCUCUCUCUCCCUUCCUGAUUCUUUCCCCCCUACCCUCUCUCUCUCCCUUCCUGAUUCUUUACCCCCUACUCUCUCUCUCUCCCUUCCUGAUUCUUUACCCCCUACUCUCUCUCUCUCCCUUCCUGAUUAUUUCCCCCCUACUCUCUCUCUCUCCCUUCCUGAUUCUUUACCCCCUACUCUCUCUCUCUCCCUUCCUGAUUAUUUCCCCCCUACCCUCUCUCUCUCCCUUCCUGAUUCUUUCCCCCCUACCCUCUCUCUCCCUUCCUGAUUCUUUCCCCCCCUACCCUCUCUUACCACCCCUCCUCCUUCUCUCUUUUACCCUCUCCCCCUCCAGGUGAAGUGGUGUUGGUGCCCAUGCAGGCCGACGGCCCGGUGGAAGGUUGGCAGCCCUCGCCUGAUGACAGAAUCUCUACCCCCACCUCCUCCUUCACUCAGCAGGAUGUGAAUGAGGGCACUGUGUGGUACAAACACUUUGGCAUUGCCGGGGCCAGUGGGCCGCAAGGAGAAACCUUCCAGUUCCAGGUGAGUGGAGAUUGUGUGCCCAUUGUGCCCCUACCCACCUGCCUGCCAGCUGGCCUGUCUGUCUGUUCUCACUGGGCACAAGCUCACAAACAAACCCACCAACUAACCACUUUUAUAUUUUGGAUCCAUCUUCUAAGGUGAAUGUGUUUUAAUGAUGUAGUGUGACAUUUCAAACGAUAACCUUUCAGAAGUGUCUCUUCAUGAUUUUUUUAAAAGACCCAGUGAAGGUAUAACCCUGUCUGAAGGUAUAACCCUGUCUAAAGGUAUAACCCUGUCUGAAGGUAUAACCCUGUCUGAAGGUAUAACCCUGUCUAAAGGGUAUAACCCUGUCAAAUCUAAAGAUGGUCAGAUGUUUUCAUCAUUAGUGAAUGCUGUCAUGUUCCAAGUGGUCUUUUGUGACAGCCUUAUUAACAUUCAAACUGAAUUGGUUCUGGAGAUGAUCUUCUAAGGCUUGUGUGUUGGUAGAUCAACACUCAUCUAUUAAUAUGACAUUAUGUCACUGAGUUAUUGGUUUUAUUGAGCUGUGUGGUGACACGUAAAAUCCACAGGGUUAAAAUAGAGGGUACAGGGUAAAUUAGAGGGUACAGGGUAAAUUAGAGGGUACGGGGUAAAUUAGAGGGUACGGGUAAAUAGAGGGUACAGGGUAAAAUAGAGGGUACAGGGUAAAAUAGAGGGUACAGGGUAAAAUAUAGGGUACAGGGUAAAUUAGAGGGUACAGGGUAAAUUAGAGGGUACAGGGUAAAUUAGAGGGUACAGGGUAAAAUAAUUUAGAAGAACGUGGCAUAUUAACUUACUGUAGAGAUGCUGCUGACAUACUGCAGCAUAUUCUACUAUUUAGGGUUUCACAUAAAAUCACUGCAUACUGGUACAUACAUAACAGUUUAUAUGUUAUAAGCACUCGUACAUGUUCAUAACUAGCUCGUAACCUGUCAUAGCAAUGCAUAAUUUACCUAGUUCUAUGUCACAGACAACAGGUCCAAUACUUCCUACAUUACUUUAACAUGUUACCCUUUCCAUAAUGCAUUCAGACUUUCUAGUCAGGUGAACGAUGUUCUAUACUAGAAGUCUCUAAAUUCAUCUUCUAUUCCAGACAGUCCUAUACCCUUACCCUUUUCAUUCAUUUUCCCUUUUUUACCUUACCCUUCUACCAUUUACAGCUUCUACCCAGUUGCAGGCUUUUCUACCAGUUACAGUCCUUCUACCCAGUGCAGUCUUCUACCCAGUUACAGUCCUUCUACCAGUUCAGUCCUUCUACCCAGUUGCAGUCCUUCUACCCAGUUACAGUCCUUCUACCCAGUUACAGUCCUUCUAUCCAGUUGCAGUCCUUCUACCCAGUUACAGUCCUUCUACAGUUACAGUCCUUCUACCAGUUACAGUCCUUCUACCCAGUUACAGUCCUUCUACCAGUUACAGUCCUUCUACCAGUUACAGUCCUUCUACCAGUUCAGUCCUUCUACCAGUUACAGUCCUUCUAUCCAGUUACAGUCCUUCUACCCAGUUACAGUCCUUCUACCCAGUUACAGUCCUUCUACCCAGUUACAGUCCUUCUAUCCAGUUACAGUCCUUCUACCCAGUUACAGUCCUUCUACCCAGUUACAGUCCUUCUACCCAGUUACAGUCCUUCUACCCAGUUACAGUCCUUCUAUCCAGUUACAGUCCUUCUAUCCAGUUACUGUCUUCUACCCAGUUCAGUCCUUCUAUCCAGUUCUACAGUCCUUCUAUCCAGUUACAGUCCUUCUACCCAGUUACAGUCCUUCUAUCCAGUUACAGUCCUUCUAUCCAGUUACAGUCCUUCUAUCCAGUUACAGUCCUUCUAUCCAGUUACAGUCCUUCUAUCCAGUUACAGUCCUUCUAUCCAGUUACAGUCCUUCUAUCCAGUUACAGUCCUUCUAUCCAGUUACAGUCCUUCUAUCCAGUUACAGUCCUUCUAAGUCCAUUAUACAGUCCUUCUAUCCAGUUACAGUCCUUCUAUCCAGUUACAGUCCUUCUAUCCAGUUACAGUCCUUCUAGUCCAGUUACAGUCCUUCCCAUUACGCCUCAUCCUUUACAUCUUCUACCCAGUUACAGUCCUUCUAUCCAGUUACAGUCCUUCUAUCCAGUUACAGUCCUUCUAUCCAGUUACAGUCCUUCUAUCCAGUUACAGUCCUUCUAUCCAGUUACAGUCCUUCUAUCCAGUUACAGUCCUUCUAUCCAGUUACAAGUCCUUCUAUCCAGUUACAGUCCUUCUACCCAGUUACAGUCCUUCUACCCAGUUACAGUCCUUCUACCCAGUUACAGUCCUUCUAUCCAGUUACAGUCCUUCUAUCCAGUUACAGUCCUUCUAUCCAGUUACAGUCCUUCUAUCCAGUUACAGUCCUUCUAUCCAGUUACAGUCCUUCUACCAGUUCAGUCCUCUAUCUAGUACGUCCUUCUACCCAGUUACAGUCCUUCUAUCCAGUUACAGUCUUCUAUCAGUUACAGUCCUUCUAUCCAGUUACAGUCCUUCUACCAGUUACAGUCCUUCACCCUAGUUACAGUCCUUCUACCCAGUUACAGUCCUUCUAUCCAGUUACAGUCCUUCUAUCUAGUUACAGUCCUUCUAUCCAGUUACAGUCCUUCUAUCCAGUUACAGUCCUUCUAUCUAGUUACAGUCCUUCUAUCCAGUUACAGUCCUUCUAUCCAGUUACAGUCCUUCCUCAUCCUCUUCCAGGUGUCCAGUGAGGGUUCUCCAGACACACUCAGUGAUGCUCAGACCUUCACCAUCGGAGUGAUGCCUGAACUCCCAGGGUUCCCCCAGCCUGCACCCAGCUGUGACCUACAGAUAACUGUAAAGGAGAAACAUGACCAGGGGAAAACAGGCACUAUCUCACUGUGGCAUAGUCGCAUAUUAUGUAUAUGUUUAUGUUCGUGUGAGAUGGAUGUAUGAGUGUGUGUGUGUGUGUGUGCGUGUGCGUGUGCGUGUGUCUGUGUGAGAUCUGUGAAUUCCUCCUGUUCAUCUGUAAGAGCAUGCUGAUGUGUAUCUGAGAUAUCAUUUUGUUUUAUCAGUGUUUGAUGCCACAACUUUAUCUCUUGUGUGGUUAUGUUGUGUUUGUGUGUGUGUGUUCGUCUUUCUGUGUGUGUGUGUGUGUGUGUGUGUGUGUGUGUGUGUGUGUGUGUGUGUGUGUGUGUGUGUGUGUGUGUGUGUUCGUCUUUCUCUGUGUGUGUGUGUGUGUGUGUGUGUGUGUGUGGUGUUGUGUGUGUGUGUCGUCUUUCUCUCUGUGUGUGUGUGUGUGUGUGGUGUGUGUGUGUGUUCGUCUUUCUGUGUGUGUGUGUGGUGUGUGUGUGUGUGUGUGUCCAUGCAGGCUCUGGAAGAUCACGUGACGGUGCUAACACCCACAGCUUUGUCCUUUGUGGACUCUGAGACACCCAGUGAAAAGCUUGUCUACAACAUCACCAAGCCCCUACCUCAAGGACAAGGUCAUCUACACUGCCAUCCACACACACACACACACACACACACACACACACACACACACACACACACACACACACACACACACACACAUAAAGUACAUCCAUCUCACACACACUUCUCAGUAGAGGAGCAGACAUCAGGGGAAGUACUCAUGUAAGCUAAUUAUCUCCACUGUCAAAGCAGAUAGAAGGAGGACGCCCAUGGCCAGUUAGAACAAACUAUCACUAUCAGUCCAAGCUAGCUGGAGAUCUUUCUCUCGUAAAAAUGUGAUUAUAAAAUAACCUUAACCCUAACCUUAGCCACACUGCUAACCGUAUGCCUUAACCUAACAUUGACCUUAAAUUUAUAACAAUUAGCUCAUAUUCUUUUUUCAGCCAAUUUUGACUUUGUAGCUUGGCCACAUAGUAGGAAGCAGCUAACACAGGAUCCAUAAUAAACUCACGUCCUAUGUAAACCCAGGUUCUGUGGAGCAUCGUGACAGAGCCUACAACCCAGUGUCCUUCUUCACCCAAGCUGACGUCAACCAGGGCCGGAUCCUGUACCGCCCUCCCCAGGCCCCCUCUCACCUCCAGGAGCUCUACCAAUUCUCUUUCACUGGUGAGUACACGCCAAAUCAAAUCAAAUCAAAUCAAAAUGUUAUUUGUCACAUACUCGUGUUUAGCAGAUGUUAUUGCGGGUGAAGCGAAAUGCUUGUGCUUCUAGAUCUGACAGUGCAGUAAUAUCUAACAAGUCAUAUCUAAAAAAUUCACAACAUAUACCCAAUACACACAAAACUAGUAAGGAAUGGGAUUUAAGAAUAUAUACAGAUAUGGACAAGCAAUGACAGAGCGGCAUGGACUAAGAUACAGUAGAAUAUUAUAGAAUACAGUAUAUACAUAUGAGAUGAGUAGUGCAAGAUAUGUAAACAUUAUUAAAGUGACUAGUGUUCCAUUUCUUAAAGUGGCCAGUGAUUUCAAUAGGCAGCAGCAGCCUCUAAUGUGCUAGUGAUGGCUAUUUAACAGUCUGAUGGCCUUGAGAUAGAAGCUGUUUUUCAUUCUCUCGGUCCCAGCUUUGAUGCACCUGUACUGACCUCGCCUUCUGGAUGAUAGCGGGGUGAACAGGCAGUGGCUCGGGUGGUUGAUGUCCUUGAUGAUCUUUUUGGCCUUCCUGUGACAUCGGGUGCUGUAUGUGUCUUGGAGGGCAGGUAGUUUGCCCCCGAUAAUGCGUUCGGCAGACCGCACCACCCCUGGAGAGCCCUGCGGUUGUGGGCGGUGCAGUUGCCGUACCAGGUGGUGAUACAGCCCGACAGGAUGCUCUCAAUUUGUGCAUCUGUAAAAGUUUGAGGUUUUAGGUGCUAAGCCGAAUUUCUUCAUGCCUCCUGAGGUUGAAGAGGCUCUGUUGCACCUUCUUCACCAUACUGUCUGCGUGGGUGGACCAUUUCAGUUUGUCGGUGAUGUGUACGCCAAGGAACUUGAAGCUUUCCACCUUCUCCACUGCGGUCCCGUCGAUGUGGAUAGGGGGGUGCACCCUCUGCUGUUUCCUGAAGUCCACAAUCAUCUCCUUUGUUUUGUUGAUGUUGAGUGGGAGGUUAUUUUCCUGGCACCACACUCCCAGAGCCCUCACCUCCUCCCUGUAGGCGGUCUCGUCAUUGUUAGUAAUCAAGCCUACUACUAUUGAAGUGGGUCUAGGGUGGCAGGUAAGGUAGAGGUGAUGUGAUCCUUGACUAGUCUCUCAAAGCACUUCAUGAUGACAGAGGUGAGUGCUACAGGGCAAUAGUCAUUUAGUUCAGUUACCUUUGCUUUCUUGGUUACAGGAACAAUGGUGGCCAUCUUGAAGCAUGUGGGAACAGCAGACUGGGAUAGGGAGAGAUUGAAUAUGUCCAUAAACACACCAGCCAGCUGGUCUGCGCAUGCUCUGAGGAGACAGCUAGGGAUGCCGUCUGGGCCGGCAGCCUUGCGGGGGUUAACAUGCUUAAAUGUCUUAAUCACGUCGGCCAUGGAGAAGGAGAGGCCACAGUCCUUGGUAGUGGGCCUCGUCAGUGGCACUGUGUUAUCCUCAAAGUGGGCGAAGAAGGUGUUUAGCUUGUCUGGAAGCGAGACAUCGGUGUCGGUGACGUGGCUGGUUUUCCUUUUGUAGUCCGUGAUUGUCUGUAGACCCUGCCACAUAUGUCUUGUGUCUGAGCCGUUGAAUUGCGACUCCACUUUGUCUCUAUACUGAUGUUUUGCCAGUUUAAUUGCCUUGCAGAGUGAGUAGCCACACUGUUUGUAUUCUGCCACCCAGUCACCUUGCCAUGGAUGAAUGCGGUGGUUCGCGCUUUCAGAUUUGCGCGAAUGCUACCAUCUAUCCACGGUUUCUGGUUAGAGUAGGUUUUAAUAGUCACAGUGGGCACAACAUCACCUAUACACUUCUUGAUAAACCCAGUCACUGUUUCAGUGUAUACGUCUAAAUUAUUUUCGGAAGCUACCCGGAAUAUAUCCCAAUCCGCGUGAUCAAAACAAUCUUGAAGCGUGGAUUCCGAUUGGUCAGACCAGCGUUGAAUAGUCCUUAGCACGGGUACUUCCUGUUUGAGUUUCUGCCUAUUGGAAGGGAGAAGCAAAAUGGAGUCGUGGUCAGAUUUGCCGAAAGGAGGGCGGGUGAGGGCCUCAUAACCAUCCCGGAAGUUCGAAUAGCAAUGGUCGAGGGUUUUUGCAGCGUGAGUGCAACAGUCGAUUUGUUGAUAGAACUUCGGCAGUCCUCAAAUUUGCUUUGUUAAAAUCCCCGGCAACAAUAAAUGCAGCCUCUGGAUAUGUGGUUUACAGUUUGCAUAAAGUCCAGUGAAGUUCUUUGAGGGCCGUCGUGGUAUCGCCUUGAGGGGGGAUAUACACGGCCGUGACUAUAACCAAAGAAAUUAUCUUGGGAAAUAAUAUGGUCGGCAUUUGAUUGUGAGAUAUUCUAGGUCGGGUGAACAGAAGGACUUGAGUUCCUCUAUGUUACUACAAUUACACCUUGAGUCAUUAAUCAUGAAACACACACCUACGCCCUUCUGCUUCCCGGAGAGAUAUUUAUUCCUGUCUGCGCGAUGAACUGAGAACCCAUCUGGCUGGACCGAUUCCGACAGAAUAUCCCAAGAGAGCCAUGUUUCUGUGAAACAGAGUAUGUUACAGGCCUUGAUGUCUCUCUGGAAAGAAAUCCUUUCCCGUAGUUCGUCGAGCUUGUUAACCAGAGGCUGAACAUUAGCGAGUAGUAUACUUGGAAGCGGUGGGUGGUGUGCGCGCCUCCUAAGUCGAACCAGCAGGCCGCUCCGAGUGCCUCUCCUCCGCCGGCAAUGUUUUGGGUCAGCCGCUGGAAUCAGUUCAGUUGCCCUGGGGAGAGCAAACAAAGGAUCUGCUUCGGGAAAGUCGUAUUCUUGGUCGUAAUUGCUGGUGAGUUACUGCCGCUCUGAUAUCCAAUAGUUUUUCCCGGCUGUAUGUAAUGAUGCCAAACACUUUCUGAGCUAAUAAUGUAAUACAUAAAAAACGAAAUACUGCAAAGUUUCCUAAGAGCUAGUCGCGAGGCCGUCAUCUUCGUCGGUGCCUAGUGUAAGAACUAGCCAAUGACGACAAAGCCAUCGAUCACGUGACACCAUUCAUUCCUAUGUGAAGGCUCAAUAGCGCAUUGAAGCCAAAUGAAGUCGGUUAAGAUGGCGUUGCAUGGAGACAUAACAUGCGCCAUUUGAACUACUCCAGGAAGUGACGUUGUAGGCUAGCUCGGUGCUGCCCCCUUUCAUUGAGUACCUGAAGCAGAAGGUCGACCGGGGGAAUGCAGGCUGAACUAUCCUUAUAACUUCUCCUCUGUGCAGUUUUAUUUUAAAAUAACCGGUUCAAGGACAUACAUCUGUUGUAUUAGAACCAAUUAUUGGUACCAUGAAUUUUUUCAAUUUUUUAAAAUUAUUUACACAAAGAUUGCCAUUCUUCCAUUCACUAUAAUGGCGGAUCCUGUUUUCCGCAAAGAAAUGCCUGCAGUACCGCGGUCGGCCUUGAACUUCCGUGGCUUCAAUGACAGGGGGCGGUCGUUCUCCCCUGGUACUCACUCACACACACGCACACACACACACACACGCACACGCACCCACACACACACCCACACACACACACGCACACACACACACAUGCACUUACACACACUCACACUCAAACACACAAAAACAUACUCAGGUAGUGCCAAGCACACACACACAUACGCUGCCGAGCAUGUGGUUAGAUCCCCCCCCCCCCCCCCCCACUCCCCUCCCAUUUAAACUAACUCUGACCCCAGUCUCUCACAUGAACAAAGCAUUAAACGCAAGCCAGUCGCACUCAGUCACACUGUGGGUUAAUGGGCUGUAAGUGCAACUGGGUAACCAUGGCGGUUCCUUGUUAAUUCUUCUGUUUAGAUUUCACAAUGUCUGUUAACAGCUCACUGGAAUGUGGAGCUUUCAGUGGACAGUACAUAGCCUCAUAAGGCCAUAGGGAGGUUGGAUUGUAGGUAGGACUCUUUGCUCUGUGAAUGUCUCUGAGGGAAAACAACUGUAGGAGCUGGUUUCAGGGACCUAGAUUACUUAAUGGUCAAUAAUACAUGUUCAAAGGAGUCUGAAUCUUUAAAUGUAUUUUUAGAUGUAAAUGUUUCACUAGCUAACUAAGAGGAGCUAGAAGUUGUUUUAGGUUUUUGGUCUAGCGGGGUCGUUCCACGAAAUGGCCUUUUUGCGUCCCUUUGAUAUUUUAAGGAGAAAUUGUGCACCAAUAUUGAAUUUUAAAAAGCCUUAUAUUGAAUGAAGUGCACUUUAAUAUAGACCACAUGGAUAAUUCAAUAAAUCUGAUUUGUAUAUGAAUAAAGACUUGCUAAAGUGCCAAAAUUCAGCAUUUUGACAUGUCCCUUCUAGGAAGAUUUGAACCCACUUAAUCCCAAAAUGUGUCCAAGUUUCACCAUUAUUGUAAAGCCCUAGUUAUUUUGCUGCUUUGACAAAGUCAUUUCUGAAGAUUAUUAUGUAUAUUCAUGUGAUUAGUGAUGCAUUUACAUCUGUCCCUCAUUUUAAGGUAAACCCUGUUAUGCAAAUAUUGGACCUCUUUAAAAUAAUGUACCAUUCCACCAAGUUAAAUUAUUCACAGCAGAUGACAUCGUUUGGGUCUUCUGAACAGCAUGGUGAAAAGGAAGUCAGUGUUCUCUCAACCCUGUUCACUCAAUUCAUGUUAGGAAAACUUAAAUUUGAAUAAACUUUUCAUUGUGUAAUUUCAUGAACACCAUGUGGUCCUAUGCUCUUCACCACAUGAGGAGUAAUGGCCGAUCUUCACCUAAAACCUCAACCCUGUUAUCGUCAACCCUGUUAGAGGCCCAACUAACUUUAUCAAUUUGAUAUUAUAUGUGAGUUUAUUUGUACACGGGAUAAUUAAACAAUAAGAAAAUGUUGGAUUUUUUGCAAACGUUUUUAAAUAAUAAUUAGGAAGUUACAUAAGUGUCCGUAACAGGGUUGACAGACAGUGUGGUACAAGUCCAGAUAAAAUGUUGUUAAUUCAUAAGAUUUUAAUGCCUGAGAUGGGGAAAAGUGUUUUUCUGUAGGCUAAACAUAUCCUCCAUGCAACUGAAUGUUGAAAGAACAGAUAUUUUUAAAGUUCAUUUCUUAAAAGUUUGCAUGUCCAAAAGGCACCCAUUUCGUAAAACGACCCAGCUAUUUACUUUCAUUUUAUUUCCAUUUAUGCUCUAUUCUGCCUGGUAACUGUGACUAGACCUAGAGGGAAUAAAACACGGUUAUCCAUCUGCUGCUUGGUCACUUUUUACCAUCUCUGUGUGUUUGUGUUACAGCAGCAGAUGGAUAACCGUGUUUUAUUCCCUCUAGGUCUCCCAGAGUCUAUUUCACAUUAUAUUACCUCUAUGGCUGUGGCUUAGAGAGGAUGGCAAUCAUACCCUCCCUCUCCUCCUCCUCCUCCUCUCGUCCUCUCCUCCUCCUCCUCUCCUCCUCAGUAAGUACAGUUACAGCCAAUACAGUAACUACAGUCAGUACAGUAACUACAGCCAGUACAGUAACUACAGUCAAUGCAGUAACUACAGACAGUAUAGUAACUACAGUCAGUACAGUAACUACAGUCAGUACAGUAACUACAGUCAGUACAGUAACUACAGCCAGUACAGUAACUAAGUCAUGCAGUACUACGACAGUAUAGUAACUACAGUCAGUACAGUAACUACAGUCAGUACAGUAACUACAGCCAGUACAGUAACUACAGACAGUACAGUAACUACAGACAGUACAGUAACUACAGUCAGUACAGUAACUACAGACAGUACAGUAACUACAGACAGUACAGUAACUACAGCCAGUACAGUAACUACAGUCAGUACAGUAACUACAGCCAAAGCAGUAACUACAGUCAGUACAGUAACUACAGACAGUACAGUAACUACAGACAUUACAGUAACUACAGACAGUAUAGUACAGUAACUACAGUCAGUACAGUAACUACAGACAGUAUAGUACAGUAACUACAGUCAGUACAGUAACUACAGACAGUAUAGUACAGUAACUACAGUCAGUACAGUAACUACAGCCAGUACAGUAACUACAGUCAGUACAGUAACUACAGACAGUACAGUAACUACAGCCAGUACAGUAACUACAGCCAGUACAGUAACUACAGCCAGUACAGUAACUACAGCCAGUACAGUAACUACAGACAGAACAGUAACUAGCGUAGAAUCCCGUAUUAUCGGCAUAUUCAACAGCGUUUAAGAAAUAUAUUACCUUCAACAGUGUUAUCUUGUGAUAUAGCCUUCAAUGUUUUGUGAUUAUUGGUGUCGUAAAAAUGUUAGCUAACGGGUUAGCAAUUAGCAAGUUUGACAUUUCAUUGGAAAUACUACUGUUAUCAGCUUUUGAUAAGCGGUUUGGCAAAAAAAUACAUCCCGUAUUAUCGGCAUACGGCCCCAAGUUAUUGGCCACCUUACUAUUUUGUUCAAUUACAAGAUAUAUCCGUUUAAUUUUGUUGAAAAAAGAGACACCAACCAAAGUACCCGAAGUGUUUACUAGAUAGUUGACUAGUUGGCUAGUCUUCCGGUAAAAAAAUAAUGAUUUGCCUGUCAACUUUUCAUUGCGUAGCCCAGUGCGCCCUCCUGUGGACUCUUAAAAAAUGGUUCUUCACCAACAUAUUCAGUGUUGUAACCAAAUAAAAUAUGAGUAUUAAUAAUUUACAUCAAAUACACUUUAAUUUCAGUUAUGUGCAUUAACAUUAACAAUGAAAACACUGUUGGAGUUUGUGUUGCAGAGCUGCACUUGGAAAGUAAAGGAAGAAAUACACAAGAUGGGUUCAAUAAAUAUAUAUAUUAUAUUUUAGACAUUAAUUUUUUUGAACAAAUAAAUAAUUUCAUAUGAACACCAACAAAACAAACAAUUAAAUCUCGACCUCCAUCCCUAUAUUGUCACAAAAAUCACAAUAAUAAUCCAGCUCCACCGCUACCUCUGGAUCCCACUGCACACACCUGCAGUGGGACCAGUGCUGGCAGAAGUCACAGCACAACCACGGCACCUCGGAUCUACACUCCUGAGAGGAGCUUGCAGGCGGAUCACGCUCCCCGCAGCGAGCACAGCAGGUGGUGUCUUCUUUUAUAAAAAAAUAAAUAAUACAAAAUUGAUUAAUAUGGUUUUGCAAAAUGUAGAAGUUCUUCAACAACAAUAGUAAUUGACACAACUGAGAGAGCGAGAAAAACAGAUGAUGAAGUACCUGAGAGUGGUGCCAUGGGUGGCGUGACAGAUGUAGCUUUUCUCUUCCUUUUCUGUGCUGCAGUUUGAGUUGUGUUAGACAGAGCAUGUUGCAUGAAAACCCUUUUCAACUUUUUUACAUCAAUACCUCUGGAGGAAGCUGCAGAGGUUUUGGAGGAGGUGGAGAUGACUUGAGGGCUGGUGCUAUGUACUGUAGAUAUGUAAAGAUAUAUAUUUUUUACAUUGCUGUUUUAUAAAACAGAUAACAAACAGUCAUUUUUUCGUAAUUUAACAUGUGUUUACCUGUGGAGGUGGUGGUAUUCAAAUUGCAGGGGGCAGGGACACCAGACGAGGCUGCUAUGGUGGUGUGACCAGGGGAGACGGAGGAGGCUGUUGGUCCAGAGGAGGCCGUGUUGGUGGUGACAGACAGGGGAGACGGAGGAGGCUGUUGGUCCAGAGGAGGCCGUGUUGGUGGUGACAGACAUGGGGGGUGGUGUGCAUUGGGGUGGUGGUGGACAAAACCGCCGACGAUGGCUUGGAGGAGCUGGUGUUUGUAAUGGUGGGGUUGAGGGGCCGACGAUGGUGUGGCCGGGAGAGUAGGCAUGUGGCCUUCUUCUGCAGCUGGGGACUCCGGCGGCUCCUACAGGUGUUGCACACUGGGAGGCACUGGCAGUGGUGAUGCAGCUGUCAGGUGUGGUUCCAGCAGGGGGUCCAGCAGAGGCGAUGGCGUCAAUGGUCUCAUCCAUGGCAGCCCUCUCCUGUGCCCUCUGUGUUCUGAGGGCUGCCCGACGCUCUUUCUCCUCUGCCUCGGCCCUCUCCUUCUCACCCCUCUCCUGCCACUGGCGCGUGUAUUCCUCCCCGGUGAGGCAUGUGGCAACCACAGGGAGUCUUCUGUAUCGGUCCAGCCGAUACUUCAGGACAGUAAGGAUGUGCCCCAGGUCCUUCGCUAUCAGCCCCCCCUCUAUUAGGGGGUGCUCUUCUAGAGCUAGGGAUGGGACUGGAGCAGGGGCUGAGACUGGAGCAGGGGCUGAGGGUCCUCCGUGGUCACUGGGGAGGAGGUGCUGAUGGAUGGCACAGUGCUGCUGGUUCCAGUAGAGGCGGUGUUGGGACCACACUUCUUAAACCCUUCCACCACAUAGCGCAUGUCCUUGCAUUGCUGGUAUGGGUAGCGGAAUACUCUGGCAAAUUCUGAUUUGUUUACCAUGUAGGAGUGGUCAAAAUGGCUAAGGUCUCCAGCUACCUUGGAGAACUCAGCCUUUAAAGGGCCAAAGUAUGCCACGUCCAGCGGCUGCAGGACAUGGGUGCAGUGUGGUGGAAGACAAAGAAGUAUAACUCCUUCCCUUAGUGCCGCCGCGAGCACCUCCGGGUCCAUGUGGCUCUUGUGCCCAUCGAAGAGGAGAAGGAGAGGGCGCUCUUUCACUGCAUGCUUAUUGAAGUGCUGAAACCACUUCCUGAACAGGUCCCCGUCAAUGUAGCCACUGCUUGACCGUCCAUACAAGGCUUGGGGGGGGCCUCCCAGUGUGUAGUGGCCACCGGGGAAACACUUGGGGUAGAUGAUGAACGGGGGGACGUCCUCCCCAGUUGCAUGGAAGCAGGCCAGCACUGUGAUGUGCUCCUUGGUCCCCGGAGCCUGCUGGUACACGUGUUUUGCGCCCCGGGGAGCCAGCACUUUGUGCCUGCUCUGGUCGCUACAAAACCCAGACUCAUCGCAGUUAUAGAUUUGUCUGGGUUUCUCCCUCAACCCACUCUCCUCCAAGUGCUUCUCAUAAGAAGUGAAGAAGGUGUCCAUCGUCAGACGUGUGGCACACUCAGCUCUCCCCCUGUCCAGGGUGUCCGGCCUCCUCAUGCUUAGGUUCUUGUGCCUCCUCCUGAACAUUUCCCACCACCUCUUCCCCAGUGUGCCGAAACCUACAAUAUAAUUGUUUCCCCUGGGUGCCGAAACCUACAAUAGAAUAGAAUACAUAUAAUUGUCCAUCCAGGAUGAAAAUGUUUGUUUUGGCAUCACCAUACACAUCCACAUUUACAUCACACACAUUGAGAACAGUCAGUCCACCAAUCUACAUACAUAAACACAUAGAACACAAAAUACCUGUGUAUUUUGUCGGCGUAUUUCAUCAGCCUCUGUCUGGUGAAGGGGAACCCAUGGCUGGCGCAGUAGAUACAGUACUGCACCAGAUACUUUUCAUCCUCUGGUGCAAGCAAUGUGGGUGGUCCACUGCGAUAACCACGGGUCACCCGGCCGCUCAGCCUGUCCGCCGAGGUACACCAUGCACCUUGGUAGAUAAGAAAAGAAAAAUGUUACUAGCAGAUAAAAUUCACAUACACAUGGUAAUCUCCUAAAAACAAAAGAUGCCUAACCUUGGCAGCCUGGCGGAUAGCCAUCCCUGCCCUGCAGUCCUCCAUGGCAUGGAACAUGUCCACCUCACUCCAUUGCUUCCUCUUGACUUUCUCCAUGCUGCAGUGGUAAAUACAUGUAGCUAAAUAACUUGGCAUAUUAUACAUAUUUUAGAAAGAUAACUCAAUCUGAAUAUGUACAAACAUUUACAUUUCAAAGCUAAGGCAUUGAAAGGUGAUGAACGGUUUCACAAUUGUCACAAGCUGAUGUGGAUGCGGUGUUGGAGUCAGGCGCAGGACACAGAAGCUCAGUCAAAACGACUUUACUAGUCAACAAGAAAAAUACAAAAUAACGGGCCUCAAACACUGGAGGCGAGCGAUUACGCAUACAGUGCGUAAAUACACAAUCAACUCGAUAACAAAUAUCUUAUAUCAACGGACAGGCGGACAAUCACACACAACUGCAAACAAAACUAAAGGAAACUUAUAGGUGACCUAAUCAAUACAUAACACGAAACAGGUGCACUAACAAGACAAGACCAAACAAACAUCGAGACAUCAAGAGGUAGUAGCUAGUACUCCGGGGACGACGAACGCCGAAGCCUGCCCGAGCAAGGAGGAGGAGCAGUCUCGGCGGAAUUCGUGACAACAAUAACUGAAAGUGUACCCACGUUUUUUGUUUGAUGUUAUCUGUAAUGAAAAUUAGUGUCCCAAUUAGUGUAAUAUUGAUACAUACAUUGUACAAUUUGAAUAAAUACUACCUCUAUGUAGCUGUUGUAAGAUGAAACAUAGCCAACUGUGAUACAGUGAGGAAAAAAAGUAUUUGAUCCCUUGCUGAUUUUGUACGUUUGCACACUGACAAAGAAAUGAUCAGUCUAUAAUUUUAAUGGUAGGUUUAUUUGAACAGUGAGAGACAGAAUAACAACAACAAAAUCCAGAAAAACGCAUGUCAAAAAUGUUAUAAAUUGAUUUGCAUUUUAAUGAGGGAAAUAAGUAUUUUACCAAAAAACACACAUCCAGGCUGUGUAAGGGCUAUUUGACCAAGGAGGAGAGUGAUGGAGUGCUGCAUCAGAUGACCUGGCCUCCACAAUCACCCGACCUCAACCCAAUUGAGAUGGUUUGGGAUGAGUUAGACCGCAGAGUGAAGGAAAAGCAGCCAACAAGUGCUCAGCAUUUGUGGGAACUCCUUCAAGACUGUUGGAAAAGCAUUCCAGGUGAAGCUGGUUGAGAGAAUGCCAAGAGUAUGCAAAGCUGUCAUCAAGGUAAAGGGUGGCUACUUUGAAGAAUCUAAAAUAUAUUUUGAUUUGUUGAACACUUUUUUGGUUACUACAUGAUUCCAUUUACAUUACAUUUACAUUUUAGUCAUUUAGCAGACGCUCUUAUCCAGAGCGACUUACAGUUAGUGAAUACAUUUUUUUUUUUUUUUUAUACUGGCCCCCCGUGGGAAUCGAACCCACAACCCUGGCGUUGCAAACGCCAUGCUCUAUCAACUGAGCUACAUCCCUGCCGGCCAUUCCCUCCCCUACCCUGGACGACGCUGGGCCAAUUGUGCGCCGCCCAUGAGUCUCCCGGUCGCGGCCGGCUGCGACAGAGCCUGGAUUCGAACCAGGAUCUCUAGUGGCACAGUUUGCACUGCGAUGCAGUGCCUUAGACCACUGCGCCACUCAGGAGUAUUCCAUAUGUGUUAUUUCAUAGUUUUGAUGUCUUCGCUAUUAUUCUACAAUGCAGAAAAUAGUAAAAAUAAAGAAAAACCCUUGAAUGAGUAGGUGUGUCCAAACUUUUGACUGGUACUGUAGGUUAAGAGAAACAGUCAUGCGUUGUGAGAUCGUCAAGAGCUGGUGUUCUUUGAUGUCUUUCUGGUCCUAGAUAUCUCUUAUUUUCGCUCUUAUUUAAUGUUUUUUUUCCCCAACAUGUCCAUUUUGACUAGUAAAUUCCUUGCUUGCAUUGCGUUUCACCUUUAAUACUGUACAUUCCAUACUGUACCUUUCCAAUUGUCACUAUGGCAUUCCUACCAGCUCAUGCUGAAACCCAUUGAUACCAUUUCAUACGUUGUUUUUUAGGUGAUGUUUAUUGGUGCUAUUUAGUAACAAUUAUUCCCGACAGCUUGGAUAUAUGUGUAUAAUCUUUACAUCGUUAUUUGGAUUUAUAAUGUAUUAAGGUUCUUUAAUUCCACUCCUUUGAGAAAUAAAUGAUGUAUUUUAAUAUUUAUACCGUAAGUGGAUCAACACUUAGUGCUUUUUAUAUUUCCCCAAAGUGCCGUUUAAAACGUUCCUCUCCUGGGGACUAAGAAGACAAUUUGCCAAAUAUGUUUGUGUGUUUAUCUAUCCCCUGUGUGUGUGUGUAUCUAUCCCCUGUGUGUGUGUCUGUGUUCCAGUGUCGGAUGGGGAACACACUACUCCAGAGAUGGACUUUGCCAUCCAGCUGUUGGUCAACCACCAGCAGCCCCCCGUCUUCCAGAUCCUAGACCCUGUUCUGGAGGUCAGCAUGGGGGGACAAACCCCUAUAGGUAAGACUACCCACACACACACACACACACACACAACAAACACACGCACACACACACACACGCACACACACACACACACACACAACAAGCACACGCACACACACACACACAACUGGUCCAGGGUCAUAUAUUGGGUUUUCCUUCUAUUAGUUAAGGGAAGUUAAGAUUGAAUUGUAGUGUAAGGGGAAUUACUUCUGUAGAGAAUAGAGUAGGAGCCUGAAAAUGGAAGUUGCCAAAUUUCUUUACAAUUUUGCACAUGGUCUGAAUUGACCUCUAUACCAGGCGGUGUCAGAGGAAGGCCCUCAAAAUUGUCAAAGACUCCAGUCACCCUAGUCAUAGACUGUUCUCUCUGCUACCGCACGGCAAGCGGUACCGGAGUGCCAAGUCUAGGUCCAAAAGACUUCUCAACAGCUUCUACCCCCAAGCCAUAAGACUCCUGAACAGCUAAUCAUGGCUACCCUGGACUAUUUGCACUGCCCCCCCACCCCAUCCUUUUUUACGCUGCUGCUACUCUGUUAAGUAUUUAUGCAUAGUCACUUUAACUCUACCCACAUGUACAUAUUACCUCACUAGCCGGUGCCCCCGCACAUUGACUAUGCAACGGUACCCCCCUGUAUAUAUAGCCUCCCUACUGUCACUUUAUUCUAUUGUAUAUAUACCUCCCUACUGUCACUUUAUUUUUUACUUCUGCUCUUUUUUUUCUCAACACUUUUUGUUGUUGUUUAUUCUUACUUUUUUGUUUAAAUAAUGCACUGUUUGGGUUUAAAGGGGUGUAAGUAAGCAUUUCACUGUAAUGUCUGCACCUGUUUGUUUCGGCGCAUGUGACCAAUAAAAUUUGAUUUGAUUUGACAACACAACAGCCACGAACAACCCCAAAAGCACACUCCCCACACACACACAACCACGCACCGCACAACCCCCUACACACACACACACCACACCCCCACCCCCAAAAACCAACAACCGAAACAAAUAUCUUACAUCAACGGACAGGCGGACAUCACAAACACACCUGCAAACAAACUCAAGGAAACUAUAGGUACCUAAUCAAUACAUAACACGAAACAGGUGCACUAACAAGACAAGACCAAACAAACAUCGAGACAUCAAGAGGUAGUAGCUAGUACUCCGGGGCGACGAACGCCAAGCCUGCCCGAGCAAGGAGGGGGGAGCAGUCUCGGCGGAAUUGUGACAACAAUAACUGAAAGUGUACCCACGUUUUUUGUUUGAUGUUAUCUGUAAUGAAAAUUUGUGUCCCAAUUAGUGUAAUAUUGAUGCAUACAUUGUACAAUUUGACUAAAUACUACCUCUAUGUAGCUGUUGUAAGAUGAAAACAUAGCCAACAGUGAUAGGUGUCAAAAAGUUCAUGGUUCAAAGUUCCAAAUACAUUUUUGCAGAUUGUGCAAAACGCCUCCGUCAGAGGACUCCAAUGUUGAUACGGUUAAAGCUUGACAACAUGCAGCUGUUUUCGUGAUAUGUAUUAUCUAACACUUACAAUUUCUUUCCUUUUUGCUUACUUAGCAGUUCUAUCAACAUUUAGCAACUAAGAUAGCAACAUUAGAAAAUCAGUUUGCUAUAUUUCAGAGGUAAAAAGUUGGAUAUUAAAUUAGGUGUGGUCUGUCGCGCAGUCGAAUUUUACAAUAUGCAGCGUGUUCCACAAAAUGUGUACAUAUAACUUUUUUGAAAACUCUCAAAACCUAACUUAACUUACACAAAUUGCAGUGAAAAUCGGUGGUCAGCUAGCUAAAAGGGUGUCGUUAGUCACAAAACUUACCGUUAUUUUUCAGUCCAUUUAAAUGUUGAUCUCGAGGUGAUUCAGUCCUCCAACCGCUAGAGAGGGUCCGAUGUUUGGGGAAAAUUAGCUAUAGUGUAUGGACUAGGAGAACUUCAGUGGCCUGGAUGGAAGUAGUCUCGUAUGUUGUGGAGAAUCCACCAAAGUGCUUCCUGGUUUGUGUGGGCUUUGGUGUAUUUCCCCUACACAUAGUCACAAGGCUGCAUCGAACAUUAAAGUGCUAAUAGAGUACCAGUCAAAAGUUUGGACACACCUACUCAUUCCAGGGUUUUUCUUAUUUUUAUUUAUUUGUACUAUUUUCUACAUUGUAGAAUAAUAGUGAAGACAUCAAAACUAUGAAAUAACACAUAUGGAAUCAUGUAGUAACCAGAAAAAGUGUUAAACAAAUCAAAAUAUAUUUUAUAUUUGAGAUUCUUCAAAGUAGCCACCCUUUGCCUUGAUGACAGCUUUGCACACUCUUGGCAUUCUCUCAACCAGCUUCAUGAGGUAGUCACCUGGAAUGCAUUUCAAUUAACAGGUGUGCCUUGUUAAAAGUUAAUUUGUGGAAUUUCAAUCAGUUGUGUUGUGACAAGGUAGGGGGGGUAUUCAGAAGAUAGCCCUAUUUGGUAAAAGACCAAGUCCAUAUUAUGGCAAGAACAGCUCAAAUAAGCAAAGAGAAACCACAGUCCAUCAUUACUUUAAGACAUGAAGGUAAGUCAAUCCAGGAAAAUGUCAAGAACUUUUAAAGUUUCUUCAAGUGCAGUCGCAAAAACCAUCAAGCGCUAUGAUGAAACUGGCUCUCAUGAGGACCGCCACAGGAAAGGAAGACCCAGAGUUACCUCUGCUGCAGAGGAUAAGUUCAUUAGAGUUAAAUGCAACUCAGAUUGCAGCCCAAAUAAAUGCUUUACAGAGUUUAAGUAACAGACACAUCUCAACAUCAACUGUUCAGAGGAGACUGUGUGAAUCAGGCCUUCAUAGCUGAAUUGCUGCAAAGAAACCACUACUAAAUGACACCAAUAAUAAGAAGAGACUUGCUUGGGCCAAGAAACAAGAUCAAUUGACAUUAUACCGGUGGAAAUCUAUCCUUUGGUCUGAUGAGUCUAAAUGUGAGAUUCUUGGUUCCAACCGCCGUGUCUUUGUGAGACGCAGAGUAGGUGAACGGAUGAUCUCUGCAUGUGUGGUUCCCACCGUAAAGCAUGGAGGAGGAGGUGUUAUGGUGUGGGGGUGCUUUGCUGGUGACACUGUCUGUGAUUUAUUUAGAAUUCAAGGCACACUUAACCAGCAUGGCUACCACAGCAUUCUGCAGCGAUUCGCCAUCCCAUCUGGUUUGGGCUUAGUGGGACUAUCAUUUGUUUUUCAACAGGACAAUGACCCAAACGCACCUCCAGGCUGUGUAAGGGCUAUUUAACCAAGGAGAGGGAUGGAGUGCUGCAUCACAUGACCUGGCCUCCCCAAUCACCCGUCCUCAACCCAAUUGAGAUGGUUUGGGAUGAGUAGGACCGCAGAAUGAAGGAAAAGCAGCCAACAAGUGCUCAGCAUAUGUGGGAACUCCUUCAAUACUGUUGGAAAAUCAUUCCAGGUGAAGCUGGUUGAGAGAAUGCUAAGAGUGUGCAAAGCUGUCAUCAAGGCAAAGGGUGGCUACUUUGGAGAAUCUAAAAUAUAAGAUAUAUUUUGAUUUGUUGAACACUUUUCUUGGUUACUACAUGAUUCCAUGUGUGUUAUUUCAUAGUUUUGAUGUCUUCGCUAUUAUUCUACAAUGCAGAAAAUAGUAAAAAUAAAGAAAAACCCUUGAAUGAGUAGGUGUGUCCAAACUUUUGACUGGUACUGUAGGUUAAGAGAAACAGUCAAGCGUUGUGAGAUCGUCAAGAGCUGGUGUUCUUUGAUGUCUUUCUGGUCCUAGAUAUCUCUUAUUUUCACUCUUAUUUCAUGUUUUUUUUCCCCCAACAUGUCCAUUUUGACUAGUUUAUUCCUUGCUUGCAUUGCGUUUCACCUUUAAUACUAUACUUUUCAUACUGUACCUUUAAUACUGUACAUUCCAUACUGUACCUUUCCAAUGGUCACUAUGGCAUUCCUACCAGCUCAUGCUGAAACCCAUUGAUACCAUUUCAUACGUUGUUUUUUAGGUGAUGUUUAUAGGUGCUAUUUAGUAACAAUUAUUCCCGACAGCUUGGAUAUAUGUGUGUAAUCUUUACAUCGUUAUUUGGAUUUAUAAUGUAUUAAGGUUCUUUAAUUCCACUCCUUUGAGAAAUAAAUGAUGUAUUUUAAUAUUUAUACCGUAAGUGGAUCAACACUUAGUGCUUUUUAUAUUUCCCCAAAGUGCCGUUUAAAACGUUCCUCUCCUGGGGACUAAGAAGACAAUUUGCCAAAUAUGUUUGUGUGUGUAUCUAUCCCCUGUGUGUGUGUCUGUGUUCCAGUGUCGGAUGGGGAACACACUACUCCAGAGAUGGACUUUGCCAUCCAGCUGUUGGUCAACCACCAGCAGCCCCCCGUCUUCCAGAUCCUAGACCCUGUUCUGGAGGUCAGCAUGGGGGGACAAACCCCUAUAGGUAAGACUACCCACACACACACACACACACACACACACACACACACACACACACACACACACACACACACACACACACACACACACACACACACCACACACAACAAGCACACACACCACACACACACACACAACAAGCACACGCACACACACACACACACACACAACAAGCACACACACACACACACACACACACACACACACAACAAGCACACGCACACACACACACACACACACAACAAGCACACGCACACACACACACACACACACAACAAGCACACGCACACACACACACACACACACACACACACACACGCACACGCACAACACACACACACACACACACACACACACACACACACACACACACACAGCAGGUUAUUACUAUACUUGUGAGGGAUUUUUGGGGACCAACAAUUGAUUCUCAUUCAAAAUCCUAUUUUCCCUAACUCUAAACCCUAACCCUAAUCCUAACCUUAACCCCAAACCCCCAACCCUUACCCUUAACCCUAACCCUAUCCCUCAUUGGUAUGCAAAUAUAUGGUAAAUUAUUGGUAUACAAAGAAAUGGUGAAUCAUUGGUAUGCAAAUAUAUGGUAAAUGAUUGGUAUACAAAGAAAUUGUGAUUCGUUGGUAUAAAAGAUAUGGUGAAUCAUUGGUAUAAAAGAUAUGGUGAAUCAUUGGUAUACAACAUGGCUUUCAUGCUCAGUGUCGCUCACAAUACUUGGUGUAGGUGGGCAGCAGCUGGCAGUAACUGACGCAGACACGGCUCCUGAUGAGUUGGAGCUGGUGGAAGGACCGGUCCAUGGGACCCUGGUCAAGAUGGAGUUGGACUCACAGACUGAGAUGAUGAGCGGUGAGCAGCAAAUUAGCUAGAUGUUUCCCCAAACAACUGGUCCAGGGUCAUAUAUUGGGUUUUCCUUCUAUUAGUUAAGGGAAGUUAAGUUUGAAUUGUAGUGGAAGGGGAAUUACUUCUGUAGAGAAUAGAGUAGGUGCCUGAAAAUGGAAGUUGCCAAAUUUCUUUACAAUUUUGCACAUGGUCUGAAUUGUCACACAUCCCCAGACACACACUGCAUGUUGUAUUUAGAGAACUGAAACAUGGGAAUAGAACAACAUUCCAACAUCAAACAAGGUAUUCUUCAAACAACGGAAGAUGAUGUAUAUGAAUGAAAACCUCGGGCCUUGUUUUACUCCAAGUAUGUUUAUAUUUAACACAAUGAUUAAACCGCUCCUUUGUCUCUCCAGGUGACACGUUCUCUUUCAGUGAAGUGACCCGUAACGUUCUGCAGUACCAACACUCCGGCUUCUCCACUGACGAGGACGCCAUCACCUUCUCCACGGCGACGGCGGCGGUACAGGUGGUUGUGCUGGGUGACGGGCCCAGGAGAGACCCAGAGACCCUGCUAUCCAUGGAGGUUCCUGAGAACAGUAGUAGCGUCAUCAGACGUACUCACCUGGGCUACACGGUUAGUACGCACUGGGUUAUAUGGUUAGUAUGCACUGGGUUAUAUGGUUAGUACGCACUGGGCUACACGGUUAGUACGCACUGGGUUAUAUGGUUAGUACGCACUGGGCUACACGGUUAGUACGCACUGGGCUACACGGUUAGUACGCACUGGGCUACACGGUUAGUACACACCGGGUUAUAUGGUUAGUAUGCACUGGGCUACACGGUUAGUACGCACUGGGUUAUAUGGUUAGUACGCACUGGGUUAUAUGGUUAGUACGCACUGGGCUAGACGGUUAGUACACACCGGGUUAUAUGGUUAGUAUGCACUGGGCUACACGGUUAGUACGCACUGGGUUAUAUGGUUAGUACGCACUGGGUUAUAUGGUUAGUACGCACUGGGUUAUAUGGUUAGUACACACUGGGUUAUAUGGUUAGUACGCACUGGGCUACACGGUUAGUACGCACUGGGUUAUAUGGUUAGUACACGCUGGGUUAUAUGGUUAGUACGCACUGGGCUACACGGUUAGUACACACCGGGUUAUAUGGUUAGUACACACUGGGUUAAAUGGUUAGUACGCACUGGGUUAUAUGGUUAGUACGCACUGGGUUAUAUGGUUAGUACACACUGGGUUAAAUGGUUAGUACACACUGGGUUAUAUGGUUAGUACACACUGGGUUAUAUGGUUAGUACACACUGGGUUAUAUGGUUAGUACACACUGGGUUAUAUGGUUAGUACACACUGGGUUAUAUGGUUAGUACACACUGGGUUAUAUGGUUAGUACACACUGGGUUAUAUGGUUAGUACGCACUGGGUUAUAUGGUUAGUACACACUGGGUUAUAUGGUUAGUACGCACUGGGCUACACGGUUAGUACACACCAGGUUAUAUGGUUAGUACACACUGGGUUAAAUGGUUAGUACGCACUGGGUUAUAUGGUUAGUACACACUGGGUUAUAUGGUUAGUGCACACUGGGUUAUAUGGUUAGUACACACUGGGUUAUAUGGUUAGUACGCACUGGGUUAUAUGGUUAGUACGCACUGGGUUAUAUGCUUAGUACACACUGGGUUAUAUGGUUAGUAUGCACUGGGCUACACGGUUAGUACGCACUGGGUUACACGGUUAGUACGCACUGGGCUACACGUUAGUACGCACUGGGUUAUAUGGUUAGUACGCACUGGGUUAUAUGGUUAGUACGUACUGGGUUAUAUGGUUAGUACGCACUGGGUUAUAUGGUUAGUACACACUGGGUUAUAUGGUUAGUACGCACUGGGCUACACGGUUAGUACGCACUGGGUUAUAUGGUUAGUACACGCUGGGUUAUAUGGUUAGUACGCACUGGGCUACACGGUUAGUACACACCGGGUUAUAUGGUUAGUACACACUGGGUUAAAUGGUUAGUACGCACUGGGUUAUAUGGUUAGUACACACUGGGUUAUAUGGUUAGUACACACUGGGUUAAAUGGUUAGUACACACUGGGUUAUAUGGUUAGUACACACUGGGUUAUAUGGUUAGUACACACUGGGUUAUAUGGUUAGUACACACUGGGUUAUAUGGUUAGUACGCACUGGGUUAUAUGGUUAGUACGCACUGGGCUACACGGUUAGUACACACCGGGUUAUAUGGUUAGUACACACUGGGUUAAAUGGUUAGUACACACUGGGUUAAAUGGUUAGUACGCAUUGGGUUAUAUGGUUAGUACGCACUGGGUUAUAUGGUUAGUACACACUGGGUUAAAUGGUUAGUACGUACUGGGUUAUAUGGUUAGUACGCACUGGGUUAUAUGGUUAGUACACACUGGGUUAAAUGGUUAGUACACACUGGGUUAUAUGGUUAGUACACACUGGGUUAUAUGGUUAGUACACACUGGGUUAUAUGGUUAGUACACACUGGGUUAUAUGGUUAGUACACACUGGGUUAUAUGGUUAGUACGCACUGGGUUAUAUGGUUAGUACGCACUGGGCUACACGGUUAGUACACACCGGGUUAUAUGGUUAGUACACACUGGGUUAAAUGGUUAGUACGCACUGGGUUAUAUGGUUAGUACACACUGGGUUAUAUGGUUAGUACACACUGGGUUAUAUGGUUAGUACACACUGGGUUAUAUGGUUAGUACGCACUGGGUUAUAUGGUUAGUACGCACUGGGUUAUAUGCUUAGUACACACUGGGUUAUAUGGUUAGUAUGCACUGGGCUACACGGUUAGUACACACUGGGUUAUAUGGUUAGUACGCACUGGGUUAUAUGGUUAGUACACACUGGGCUACACAGUGAGUGUGUGUGGAACUGAAAUUGCUAGCACCUCCACCCACACCAUCCAAUUGCUGGCUUUUCAGUGGUGCAGCUGGCUAAAGUCUUGUCAUUAGGGCGGUCAAGUGUGUUUGCUAGACAGAGGAUGCAAGAUCAAUCCCAGUAGCGGACAUACAGGCACUCACUUGCACAGCACACACACACCUGGAUAAAGAACCAUUUUAGGUGAUUCAUGGUCAACAUGUCUGAACUUCAUCUUUAUAGUGGCUCUCGUUUCUGUGUUGAAAAUAGCAACCAAUGUUUUCAAAUAAUUUCAAACAGAUGUUCACAUAAUGUUAAACAUUUUAUGACAUUUAAUAAUAAUACACUGCUCAAAAAAAUUAAGGGAACACUAAAAUAACACAUCCUAGAUCUGAAUGAAUGAAAUAAUCUUAUUAAAUACUAUUUUCUUUCCAUAGUUGAAUGUGCUGACAACAAAAUCACACAAAAAUUAUCAAUGGAAAUCAAAUGUAUCAACCCAUGGAGGUCUGGAUUUGGAGUCACCCUCAAAAUUUAAGUGGAAAACCACACUACAGGCUGAUCCAACUUUGAUGUAAUGUCCUUAAAACAAGUCAAAAUGAGGCUCAGUAGUGUGUGUGGCCUCCACGUGCCUGUAUGACCUCCCUACAACGCCUGGGCAUGCUCCUGAUGAGGUGGCGGAUGGUCUCCUGAGGGAUCUCCUCCCAGACCUGGACUAAAGCAUCCGCCAACUCCUGGACAGUCUGUGGUGCAACGUGGCGUUGGUGGAUGGAGCGAGACAUGAUGUCCCAGAUGUGCUCAAUUGGAUUCAGGUCUGGGGAACGGGCGGGCCAGUCCAUAGCAUCAAUGCCUUCCUCUUGCAGGAACUGCUGACACACUCCAGCCACAUGAGGUCUAGCAUUGUCUUGCAUUAGGAGGAACCCAGAGCCAACCGCACCAGCAUAUGGUCUCACAAGGGGUCUGAGGAUCUCAUCUCGGUACCUAAUGGCAGUCAGGCUACCUCUGGCGAGCACAUGGAGGGCUGUGCGGCCCCCAAAAGAAAUGCCACCUCACACCAUGACUCACCCACAACCAAACCGGUCAUGCUGGAGGAUGUUGCAGGCAGCAGAACGUUCUCCACGGCGUCUCCAGACUCUGUCACGUCUGUCACAUGUGCUCAGGGUGAACCUGCUUUCAUCUGUGAAGAGCACAGGGCGCCAGUGGUGAAUUUGCCAAUCUUGGUGUUCUCUGGCAAAUGCCAAACGUCCUGCACGGCGUUGGGCUGUAAGCACAACCCCCACCUGUGGACGUCGGGCCCUCAUACCACCCUCAUGGAGUCUGUUUCUGACCGUUUGAGCAGACACAUGCACAUUUGUGGCCUGCUGGAGGUCAUUUUGCAGGGCUCUGGCAGUGCUCCUCCUGCUCCUCCUUGCACAAAGGCGGAGGUAGCGGUCCUGCUGCUGGGUUGUUGCCCUCCUACGGCCUCCUCCACGUCUCCUGAUGUACUGGCCUGUCUCCUGGUAGCGCCUCCAUGCUCUGGACACUACGCUGACAGACACAGCAAACCUUCUUGCCACAGCUCGCAUUGAUGUGCCAACCUGGAUGAGCUGCACUACCUGAGCCACUUGUGUGGGUUGUAGACUCCGUCUCAUGCUACCACUAGAGUGAAAGCACCGCCAGCAUUCAAAAGUGACCAAAACAUCAGCCAGGAAGCAUAGGAACUGAGAAGUGGUCUGUGGUCACCACCUGCGAAACCAGUCCUUUAUUGGGGGUGUCUUGCUAAUUGCCUAUAAUUUCCACCUGUUGUCUAUUCCAUUUGCACAACAGCAUGUGACAUUUAUUGUCAAUCAGUGUUGCUUCCUAAGUGGACAGUUUGAUUUCACAGAAGUGUGAUUGACCUGGAGUUACAUUGUGUUGUUUAAGUGUUCCCUUUAUUUUUUUGAGCGGUGUACAUGUGUGAUAAUCAAUGUUCCCUCUAAGCUGCCUGCGUGCGUGCUUGGCCAUGCUCCUCCUCCAGGACUGCCGCGCAGAGACGCAUGAGAUUGAACUUCACUGAGUUCGCCCCAUUAGUUUGCACUAUAUAGAUCAAUGUUUUUCCUGUGAUCGAAUCAACAUUAUAUCAGCCCCUUUUCAAUGCAACAAACCGAAAAAACCAUCUAACUUUGCAAGAUUGAGUCUGUGAUUUUGUUGUAGAAUUCUAUUGGCAGGGGUAGGCCACGAGAGGUCUUUCAGUCACUCAUGAGUGAAUACGCUUUUCAGAUCAGUUCAGAGCGCGUGUGCAUAUUUGUUGAUAUUCUUGGCUAGUUAGCGAGUUAUAAGCCGAGUUAUAGAUAAGUAUGGGUCAGCAAUGGGGAGUGACUGCUUCCUACAAGAGCACAAAUCGUGUAGGCUACCUUUCAAGCUGUCUUUGAAAAGCCACUCAGGUAAAAAGCUUGUCUUAAUUAUAGGGGCAGUGUUGUAUUUUGAGACAGAAUAUGCAAAUGAGGCAAUAGAUAGAGGGGUAGCCUACAUCGUCUAAUUCACUGUAUGGUAAUAAUAAUUAAUUUGAUUUAGUCAAGUGGUUUCUUGCAUCAUACAACACAAUGCAAUGCAAUUUACAGUCACCUAUUUGGACCAUGGUGUUACAGACCAAGCAAAAAAUCAUUCAUUAAUGUCAAGCCCUUCAUCAUGUAAAAACGUUUUUUAAAAGUCUCAUGCAAUGUAUCCCUGCAUUGAACACCACAUAUAGGCUACUGUAGGCUAUAUCAUAGAAAUUCAAAGCUAUUUCCAUGUGAGGGAUUUGCUCCGUUGAUUUUGUUGGUAGGCCUACAUUAUGCUCAGAUAGCCACAAUAGUCUAUUAUUUACUGUCUAAAACUGUAAGGGUACAGCCUAUUGGCUACUGUCUAAAACUGUAAGGGUACAGCCUAUUGGUUACUGUCUAAAACUGUAAGGGUACAGCCUAUUGGCUACUGUCUAAAACUGUCAGGGUACAGCCUAUUGGCUACUGUCUAAAACUGUAAGGGUACAGCCUAUUGGCUACUGUCUAAAACUGUAAGGGUACAGCCUAUUGGCUACUGUCUAAAACUGUAAGGGUACAGCCUAUUGGCUACUGUCUACAACUGUAAGGGUACAGCCUAUUGGCUACUGUCUACAACUGUAAGGGUACAGCCUAUUGGCUACUGUCUAAAACUGUAAGGGUACUGCCUAUUGGCUACUGUCUAAAACUGUAAGGGUACAGCCUAUUGGCUACUGUCUAAAACUCUAAGGGUACUGUUUCUGUGUUCACUGUAAACGCGCUGGAAGUUGCACAAAAUUCUCACAGCAUUCAAGUUUCUGCACACAAGACCAAAAAAUUUGCUCAGUGUCCCAAAAAAUGUGUGGGAACAUUGUUGAUAGUAUAAUAUGAAAUGAAAUAUGUGAUAAUAUUUUGCAGAGCAACACCUCUCCAGAUGAGAAGAUCCGUAUUCAGCUGGUGUCGGUUCCUAGGUACGGCAUCCUGACCAGGACAGGGUCAGACUCAGACCAACGGGAGAUGACAGAGGACUCCUCUUUCACUGUGGACGACGUCAACAAACACAAGAUCAGGUAGAAAAACACACAUACCCACAGAGAGGAGAUGAACAGAGUACUCCUCUUUCACUGUGGACGACGUCAACAAACACAAGAUCAGGUAGAAAAACACACAUACCCACAGAGAGGAGAUGAACAGAGUACUCCUCUUUCACUGUGGACGACGUCAACAAACACAAGAUCAGGUAGAAAAACACACAUACCCACAGAGAAGAGAUGAACAGAGUACUCCUCUUUCACUGUUGACCACGUCAACAAACACAAGAUCAGGUAGAAAAACACACAUACCCACAGAGAGGAGAUGACAGAGUACUCCUCUUUCACUGUGGACGACGUCAACAAACACAAGAUCAGGUAGAAAAACACACAUACCCACAGAGAGGAGAUGAACAGAGUACUCCUCUUUCACUGUUGACCACGUCAACAAACACAAGAUCAGGUAGAAAAACACACAUACCCACAGAGAGGAGAUGACAGAGUACUCCUCUUUCACUGUGGACGACGUCAACAAACACAAGAUCAGGUAGAAAAACACACAUACCCACAGAGAGGAGAUUACAGAGUACUCCUCUUUUACUGUUGACGACGUCAACAAACACAAGAUCAGGUAGAAAAACACACAUACCCACAGAGAGGAGAUGAACAGAGUACUCCUCUUUCACUGUGGACGACGUCAACAAACACAAGAUCAGGUAGAAAAACACACACACCCACAGAGAGGAGAUGAACAGAGUACUCCUCUUUCACUGUUGACCACGUCAACAAACACAAGAUCAGGUAGAAAAACACACAUACCCACAGAGAGGAGAUGACAGAGGACUCCUCUUUCACUGUGGACGACGUCAACAAACACAAGAUCAGGUAGAAAAACACACAUACCCACAGAGAGGAGAUGAACAGAGUACUCCUCUUUCACUGUGGACGACGUCAACAAACACAAGAUCAGGUAGAAAAACACACAUACCCACAGAGAGGAGAUGACAGAGUACUCCUCUUUCACUGUGGACGACGUCAACAAACACAAGAUCAGGUAGAAAAACACACAUACCCACAGAGAGGAGAUGAACAGAGUACUCCUCUUUCACUGUGGACGACGUCAACAAACACAAGAUCAGGUAGAAAAACACACAUACCCACAGAGAGGAGAUGACAGAGUACUCCUCUUUCACUGUGGACGACGUCAACAAACACAAGAUCAGGUAGAAAAACACACAUACCCACAGAGAGGAGAUGAACAGAGUACUCCUCUUUCACUGUGGACGACGUCAACAAACACAAGAUCAGGUAGAAAAACACACAUACCCACAGAGAGGAGAUGAACAGAGUACUCCUCUUUCACUGUUGACCACGUCAACAAACACAAGAUCAGGUAAGAGGCAUCUGAAACUAAGGGUGCAUCUAAGUCACCUUAAGUAGCUUCCUCUUCUCGUUUGCUUUCCCUCAUCUACCCUGAUCUGUAAGAGCUGGACAGCUUGGAAGUGAAUUCUGUGGUUCUUCUUCAGAUGAAGGUGAGAUGGGGGAGAGGGAGCCACUUUAGACUUAAGAUGCAGACUUAAAACAAUAAUCUCACAUUCUGGUAUCCAUUCCUACCAGCUCCUUUGUUGUUGUUGCACUAAUUAUUGAGACGAUUUGUUCUGCCGGGUAGAUAUUUAUUUCUAUCUCAUUUAGAUUUUAUAGGUCCAAGUUAUUUCAUUGAGAGCAAUUCUCAUUUAGGCCCACAGUAACGAUCUGGCCGAGAGUUUUCUGUAAAAGUAAUGGCUUCUUCCUUCCAUCACUCCUUAGAGUGUAACUGCUAUAAAAACAUAAAUAUUCUCCCUCUGAGGCUCUGUAAAAUCCUCGCUACAAAUUAGAAACAUUAGCAUGUCUAAUUAGCGAACGUUAAAUAUGAACCACCUGCGAGACGCAGGCACGCGCACACACACACACACACACACACACACACGCGCGCACACACACACACACACACACACACACACAGACUCAACGGUCUUCUGAGAGAUUAAUUUAAAAAAUUUAAAACCAUUAUCUCCAAAUUGUGCUUCUGAUUAGCUUUACUGCAAUUAGCACGCUAGGCUAAUAUUAUGAGAAACAUCUCUGUUUGAAUCACCUGUAUUAGUUCAUCUUGGCAGACUGCGUCUCUGUGCAGUAGAACAUGCAGAUGAAAUGUUGCUCUGUUUUAUUGUAGAGGAUUAGAGAAGAUUAUAUUUUAUUCAGGUACUUUCACUAGGCAUUAAAGGGCUUAUACAGUAUUAGGCUUUACAAGCACCCACAAGCAUUUCGCUACACCUGCAAUAACAUCUGCUAAACACGUGUAUGUGACCAAUAAAAUUUUGAUUUGAUUUAGUGGUGUUGCGAUGUGAGAAUGAGAGGAUAUUAGAUGUAUUCAGUGGCCUUUCACCAGAUUGUAGAGGGCUUGUGUAAAAUGUUAUUUUAGUGUGAGGUUAUUUUUUUAGGAUCCCCAUUAGCUGUUGCAAAAUCAGCAGCUACUCUUCCUGGGGUCCAGAACACAAAACAUGAAACAUGACAUAAUACAGAACAUUAAUAGACAAGAACAACUCUAGGACAGAACUAUAUACAUUUUAAUCACUCAUCUAUUCCCUAUUGGUCAUGAUAUAAACAUAAUGCGGGUUAUAAAAUGUGAUAAGAUCAUUUGGUAACACUUUAGUUAAAGGUCCACUGCAGCUGCUUUCAUCUCAAUAUUAAAUAAUUUCUGGGUAACAAUUAAGUAUCUUACUGUGACUGUUUUACAUUAAAGGUAGACUCAGCGAUAUGACGUAGAUGCAGAAAGUAAACAGCAUAAUGGGUCAAUUUCCCGCAAACAACUAAGAGCGUUGAAGCACGAUGCUCAACUUCUCUGCUGUGUUGGUCACGUGGCUACCACACUGUAAGAGUGUGCAGCGAACAUGCAGCAGAUACUGUGUGAGAGUGAAGUCUUGCAUCUCGCUCAUCUCAAUAUCUGCGGUUCGUGGGUGACGUCAUUUAGCUGAGUCCACCUUUUAAAAUGGUCAAAAAUAAUAAAAAAUUGCUUCUUAGCAAAGAGCAAUUUGUUUCUAGGGCGGCAGGUAGCUUAGUGGUUAAGAGCGUUGUGCCAGUAACCGAAAGGUUGCUGGUUCUAAUCCCCGAGCCGACUAGGUGAAAAAUCUGUCGAUGUGCCCUUGAGCAAGGCACUUAACCCUAAUUGCUCCUGUAAGUCGCUCUGGAUAAGACCGUCUGCUAAAUGACCAAUUUAUUUUUAUUUUUAUUAUAUUUGGCUAGGACUGUCUGAGAGUGGUCUGGGAGUGGGUAGGUGAAAACUGAAAAUGAGCUGUUAUUGGCAGAGAGGUUUGGAACUCUCUUUCUUAUUGGUCUAUUAACUAAUUUACCGCCCGGUGUUACACCAGGUAGGCCAAAACUCCAUCCCACCAAAGCAAGCUGACAUUUCAGGCACUCUUUUCAAACAGCUCUUACACUGAAAGGGCAUUAUCAUCAGUUUCACAAGUUCACAGUAUUAUUCCAACCUCAUAGUGUGGAAAUAUAAAUAAAACAGGAAAAUCAUGUUUUUGACUGCAAUGGGCCUUUAAAUCCAACAGGUAUAAUACAUUAUUAUUUGUUAUGAGCCCCUUUAUAAUGUUUUGUAUUAAUCAUCUGAUAUUAUAUGACCUCUUUCUAUGUUUCAACUGAUAACAAUAAUGCACUAAUAAUGCACUGCUAAUGCACUAAUAAUGCACUAAUAAUGCACUAAUAACCCAGAAGAUGAUACUAUUUAUCAGCGUAGCCAUUUUUAUAUAUAUAUAUAUAUAUAUAUAUUGUUUUGUUUUGUUUUCCGUGAAGGCUAUGUUUUCGGAUAAACUUUACUGAAACUUCCUUCCUGUUAGGUACAUCACUUCCAUUGAGACAGGAAACCAACCAGUGACGGACAUCUUCCAUUUCAUUGUUUAUGACGGUGAAAACAAUCGCCUUGACAACCAGAUGUGUACCAUCACCAUCAGCUCCAAGCAGAGACAGCCUCCAGUGGUCACUGUCCGCAGUGGCAUCAAGGUACACACACCUCCCACGGCUCAGCUUGCCUAGAGACAGUUGCUAUGGAGCAGAGAUCGAUGGUCGGCAGCAUAUGAAGCAACACUAGGCAACACAUCUGAUGCAACGCUCAGUCGACUAGUGUCAAACGCUGCGUGUGUGUGUUUUGUGUGUGCGUGCGUGUUUGUAUGAGUGUGUUUGUGUGUGUGUGUGUGUGUGUGUGUGUGUGUGUGUGUAUGUGUUGUGUGUGUGUGUGUGGUAUAUGUGUGAGUGUCUAACACCAGGGCUGUAUAACAUGACUAAUAACAGUCAGUUGUCACCACUACCCGGUGCCAUGGACAUCGUGAUUUGAAGGAGUUUUGCAAUUUGACUGGUAAUGGAAUGGGGAUUUCAGUUCUACUCAUUCUAAUUCUAUGGAAUGUGGUCUAUAUUCAGAAUCAUACAGCUAGCACUCCAUAACGCUGACAGGCAUGAUCAGAUGUGCUACAUGCAGACUUGAAAAUAGAAAUAGGCUUGGGGUGGACGUUGCCCUUAUAGGCAAAGAUCUAGGAUCAGCGUUACAUUAUGAAAUCCUAACUGUAAAGAUUAGAGUGGAAAGGACUAAACUGACUUCAAAUCAGUAGCUAUUUAGGGGCUACUUCAUACUACACCUAGAAGCACUCUCACCCAAUGUGACAUGUUAUGCAAGUGUCUAUGUUGUGUAUUUCUAGGUCCAGGGAGGAGGACGAGUCCAGCUGUCAACCAGUCACAUCAAUGUAUCAGAUCUGGACACACCCAACAAGGACCUGCUGGUUUGGAUGAUCAGCGUACCCAAAUAUGGCUUCAUUGAGAACACGAGAGGAAGUGGUGUGUGUGGGAGCGAGGGAGCGAGGGAGCGAGGGAGGGAAGAGAGAGAGAUGAAAGAGAGAGAGAUGAAAGAGAGAGAGAGCGAUUAAUUCAGUUGAAUAAUCUAUCUAUCCCAUAAAGGGAAAUUGCCCUAGGCAAAGCAAUGUAAAUAUAAACAGAGGUACAUGAAUACACCCGCAAUAACACCCGCAACAAACAGAGGUACAUUUCGCAACACCUGUGACCAAUAAAAUUUUAUUUGACACUACAAAUAAUCAUAGAGACAUGAAACACAACUGAUGAAAGUGGAGGGAAGCCUGCAAAUAAAGUAGUUUAAAGUGAGCGAUUAGGUUAGAUAGGCUGAAGGACUGACUGGUCUGUUGACGUAUUUCUACAUGGUGUCAUCAGUCUUAGAUGUUUCUGAUCUAACCCUGGUUAGUACACUAUAUAUACACUAUAGAUAUACUAUAGAUACACUAUACUGUAUACACACUAUAUACACACUAUAUAUAUACACUAUAUACACACUAUAUACACACUAUAUAUAUACACUAUAUACACACUAUAUACAUUUACAUUUACAUUUUAGUCAUUUAGCAGACGCUCUUAUCCAGAGCGACUUACAGUUAGUGAAUACAUAUAUAUAUAUUUUUAUACUGGCCCCCCCGUGGGAAUCGAACCCACAACCCUGGCGUUGCAAACGCCAUGCUCUAUCAACUGAGCUACAUCCCCUGCCGGCCAUUCCCUCCCCUACCCUGGACGACGCUGGGCCAAUUGUGCGCCGCCCAUGAGUCUCCCGGUCGCGGCCGGCUGCCUAUACACACUAUACACACGGAGCCUGGAUAUACACACUAUAUACACACUAGAUAUACACUAUAUACAUUUUACAUUUACAUUUUAGUCAUUUAGCAGACGCUCUUAUCCAGAGCGACUUACAGGAAAAAUUAGUGUUAAGUGCCUUGCUCAAGGGCACAUCGACAGAUUUUCACCUAGUCGGCUCGGGGAUUAGAACCAGUGACCUUUCGGUUACUGGCACAACGCUCUUAACCACUAAGCUACCUGCCGCCCCAUAUACACGCUAUAGAUGCACUAUAAAUACACUACAGAUACACUAUAUAUACAGCAGUAUGGGGACACCCCUUCAGACACUAGAUAUACACUAUAUAUACAGCAGUAUGGGGACACCCCUUCAGACACUAGAUAUACACUAUAUAUACAGCAGUAUGGGGACACCCCUUCAGACACUAGAUAUACACUAUAUAUACAGCAGUAUGGGGACACCCCUUCAUACACUACAUAUACACUAUAUACUGUGGCUUGCGAAAGUAUUCACCGCCCUUGGCAUUUUUCCUAUUUUGUUGCCUUACAACCUGGAAUUAAAAUGUCUUUUUGGGGGGUUUGUAUCAUUUGAGUCUCCCACAUGCCUUUUGGCGAACACCAAACGUUUGCUUAUUUUUUUCUUUAAGCAAUGGCUUUUUUUUCUGGCCACUCUUUCGUAAAUCCCAGCUCUGUGGAGUGUAACGGUGCUCCGUGGGAUGUUCAAAGUUUCGGAUAUUUUUUUAUAACCCAAACCUGAUCUGUACUUCUCCACAACUUUGUCCCUGACCUGUUUGGAGAGCUCCUUGGUCUUCAUGGUGCCGCUUGCUUGGUGGUGCCCCUUGCUUAGUGGUGUUGCAGACUCUGGGGCCUUUCAGAACAGGUGUAUAUAUAUUGAGAUCAUGUGACAGAUCAUGUGACACUUAGAUUGCAGACAGGUGGACUUUAUUUAACUAAUUAUGUGAAGGUAAUUGGUUGCACCAGAUCUUAUUUAGGGGCUUCAUAGCAAAGGGGGUGAAUCCAUACGCACACACAACUUUUCCGUUAUUUUUUUUUUUGAUUUUUUAAAAAUAAGUAAUUUUUUUCAUUUCACUUCACCAAUUUUGACUAUUUUGUGUAUGUCCAUUAUGUCACGAUCGUCUACGAGAGAGGACCAAUGCGCAGCGUUGAAGGUGAACAUAAUAUAUAUUUAUUAACUGAUCACACGAUCAAAACAAUAACCAACGAUGCGUGACGUCUAAGGUUACAACACGAACAAACCUUAACGGAACAAGAAACCACAACACAAAGUGAAAAGACCGAUAGUUAAAUAUGGCUCCCAAUCAGAGACAACCAGCUGACACUCGUUGCCUCUGAUUGGGAGUCACUCAGGCCCACAUAGAUAUACAAACAUAGACUUACAUACCCUGGCUCAACAUAACAUAGUCCCCAGAGCCAGGGCGUGACAGUACCCCCCCCCCCAAAGGCGCGGACUCCGACCGCGCCAAACAACCACAACAGGGGAGGGACCGGGUGGGCACUCCGCCUCGGCGGCGGAUCCGGCUCCGGACAUGACCCAGGCACGGGUUGUGCUGGACUGACGACGCGCACCCCUGGUUGGUGCGUGGAGGAGGAACGGGCCUUACCAGGCUGACGACGCACACCGUAGGCUUGGUGCGUGGAGCAGGGACAGGCCGGACUGGGCUGACGAAGCACACCACUGACUUGGUGCGGGGAGCAGGAACGGGCCGGACCGGGCUGACGAAGCGCACCCCUGACUUGGUGCGGGGAGCUUGGAUGGGCCGGACUGGGCUGGCGACGCGCACCACAGACAUGGUGCGGAGAGCAGGAACGGGCCGGACAGGGCUGACGAAACGCACCACAGACUUGGUGCGGAGAGCAGGCACGGGCCGUGCCGGACUGACGACGCACACCACUGGCUUGGUGCGGGGAGCUUGGAUGGGCCGGACUGGGCUGGCGACGGGCACCACAGACUUGGUGCGGAGAGCAGGAACGGGCCGGGCUGGGCUGUCGACGCACACCGUAGGCUUGGUGCGUGGAGUAGGAACGGGCCGAACCGGGCUGACGAUGCGCACCCCUGCCUUGGUGCGGGGAGCAGGAAUAGACCGGACCGUACUGGGGACACACACCACUGGCCCUACACCGGGAUCUGGAACGGGCCGGACCGGACUGGCAACACACGCCAGUACCUCUCGCCGUGCCUCUACAUCCUCCAUCCCCUCUUCGACCAGUGGCCCCCGUAACCUGGCGGCCUCCUCUGGCAACCCACUGGGCCGCUCUAUCGCGGCCUCCUGCUGGUCCGACGUCGUGAGCCCCCCCCCUAAAAAAAUUCUGGGAGUCUCUCUUCCCCGUGGGCCAGGCCUCGAUAAUUCUCGCCCACCUCUCGCUCCUCUGCUUCCAAUCUCCGUCAUUCAGCUCCUCAUUCGGCUUGACCCAGUCGAAGCUCUGCCUCCACUGUUGCCAAGUCCACCUAAUCUGCUCCUCACUAGGCUGCUUGGUCCAGUUCUGGUGGUUUCUUCUGUCACGAUCGUCUACGAGAGAGGACCAAUGCGCAGCGUUGAAGGUGAACAUAAUAUAUAUUUAUUAACUGAUCACACGAUCAAAACAAUAACCAACGAUGCGUGACGUCUAAGGUUACAACACGAACAAACCUUAACGGAACAAGAAACCACAACACAAAGUGAAAAGACCGAUAGUUAAAUAUGGCUCCCAAUCAGAGACAACCAGCUGACACUCGUUGCCUCUGAUUGGGAGUCACUCAGGCCCACAUAGAUAUACAAACAUAGACUUACACACCCUGGCUCAACAUAACAUAGUCCCCAGAGCCAGGGCGUGACACAUUACAUGAAAUCCAAAUAAAAAUCAAUUUAAAUUACAGGUUGUAAUAUAACAAAAUAGGAAAAAUGCCAAGGGGGAUGAAUACUUUUGCAAGGCACUGUAUACACUAUAUAUACAGCAGUAUGUGGACACCCCUUCAUACACUAUAUAUACAGCAGUAUGUGGACACCCCUUCAUACACUAUAUAUACAGCAGUAUGUGGACACCCCUUCAUACACUAUAUAUACAGCAGUAUGUGGACACCCCUUCAUACACUAUAUAUACAGCAGUAUGUGGACACCCCUUCAUACACUAUAUAUACAGCAGUAUGUGGACACCCCUUCAUACACUAUAUAUACAUUAUAUAUACAGCAGUAUGUGGACACUCCUUCAUACACUAUAUAUACAGCAGUAUGUGGACACCCCUUCAUACACUAUAUAUACAUUAUAUAUACAGCAGUAUGUGGACACCCCUUCAUACACUAUAUAUACAUUAUAUAUACAGCAGUAUGUUGACAUCACUUCAUACACUAUAUAUACAAAAGUAUGGGGACACCCCUUCAUAUUUUGGAUUCGGCUAGUUCAGCCACACCUGUUGCUGACAGGUGUAUAAAAUCGAGCACACAGCCAUGCAAUCUCCAUAGACAAACGUUGGCAGUAGAAUGGCCUUACUGAAGAGCUCAGUGACUUUCAACGUGGCACCGUCAUAGGAUGCCACCUUUCCAACAAGUCAUUUGUAAUGAAUCACGCUUCACCCAUCUGGCAGUCCAACAGACGAAUCUAGGUUUGGCGGAUGCCAGUAGAACGCUACCUGCCCGAAUGCAUAGUGCCAACUGUAAAGUUUGGUGGAGGAGGAAUAAUGGCCUGGGGCUGUUUUUCAUGGUUCGGGCUAGGCCCCUUAGUUCCAAUGACAUUCUAGAUGAUUCUGUGCUUCCAACUUUGUGGCAACUGUUUGGGGAAGGCCCUGUCCUGUUUCAGCAUGGCAAUGCCCCCGUGCACAAAGCAAGGUCCAUACAGAAAUGGUUUGUUGAGAUCGGUGUGGAAGAACUUGACUGGCCUGCACAGAGCCCUGACCUCAACCCCAUCGAAUACCUUUGGGAUGAAUUGGAACGCCGACUGUGAGCAAGGCCUAAUCGCCCAACAUCAGUGCCCGACUUCACUAAUGCUUUUAUGGCUGAAUGGAAGCAAGUCCCCACAGCAAUGUUCCAACAUCUAGUGGAAAGCCUUCCCAGAAGAGUGGAGGCUGUUAUAGCAGCAAAGAGGGGACCAACUCCAUAUUCAUCCCAUGAUUUUGGAACGAGAUAUUCGACGAGCAAGUGUCCACAUACUUUUGGUCAUGUAGUGUAUGUCGGUUGUAGUUUGUGAGAUCUCACUUCCCAUUCUGGUCUCGUCCUCUGUCUCCCAGUGGGCUCGAUGGGCGGUUCAAAUACCCGCAUCAUCAGUCCAGAGGUUCCCUUCUCUGUGGAUGACCUGACGACUGACCACAUCUUCUACGUUCAGAACGUCCAGAACACUGACCAUCACUACCAGGACACCUUCUCUUUCUACAUCAGUGAUGGGUCCAGUCAGACAGAGGCCUUCAAUGUCUAUAUAGACAUAAAGGUAAAUAAUACUCUACUACUACUACUACUACUACUACUACUACUACUACUACUACUACUACUACUACUACUACUACAUUUAUACAUUUUAGUCGUUUUGCAGACGCUCAUAUGCAGAGCGACUUACAGUUAGUGAGUUCAUAAAUGUUUCAUACUACUACUACGGUUUGAGAGUUGGGGCUAAAGAAAUGUAAUUCAUAGACGGAGCUAUGGAUGCUGGGACUCAUAGUCCAUGAGAUCAGCAUAACUGCUUUACUCAAUAUUUUGAAGCUGUUGUUUGUUUACAAAUAUUAUGUUAUUCAUAGUAAUAAACGACAACAAUUAACCCCAUUACAAAGUUCACAAAGAAAACUUUCAGUCAAGAUUAAUGGAUUUUCUUGUGCUGUGAUAACGACAUCAAGCUUGUAUUUUCCCACAACGCAAUCCCAACCACCAUAAAAAUUGUAUCAAUUGGUCUGCUAGGGCAUUGAGGUGAAUUGAUGAUCCUGACAGAGCUGUGUGUAUGUGUGUGCGCGUGUGUGCGCGUGUUUGUGUGUGGUUACGCUCGCCUCUUUGCUUGUGUGUGUGUGUGUGUGUGUGUGUGUGUGUGUGUGUGUGUGUCUGCAGCAGAGUAAAGGGGAGACGGUGCCGGUGGUGUCAGUGAACAGGGUCCAGGUGGAGGAGAACUCAGGAGUGGUCAUCACUAACUCUUCUCUCAACGUCCUGGACCAAGACACACCAGACAGUGACAUCAUCAUCACCGUCACCAAGCAACCUGCCUACGGUACGGACACACACACACACACACGCGGAGACAAACACGGACGCAUGCGAGCACACAAACACGCACCCACACACAUGAGACUGGACAUACACACACACACACACACACACACAUAGAGAAAUAAAGCGCGCUUGACCUCUAAUCCCCCUCCAUCCCUCCAUCCCUCCCUCUAACUCUCUCUCCAUCUCUCCAUCCCUCCCUCUAAUCCCCCUCCAUCCCUCCCUCUAUCUCUCUCUCCAUCCCUCCCUCUAACUCUCUCUCCAUCCCUCCAUCCCUCCCUCUAACUCUCUCUCCAUCCCUCCAUCCCUCCCUCUAAUCCCCCUCCAUCCCUCCAUCCCUCCCUCUAUCUCUCUCUCCAUCCCUCCCUCUAACUCUCUCUCCAUCCCUCCCUCUAUCUCUCUCUCCAUCCCUCCCUCUACUCUCCCUCCAUCCCUCCCUCUAACUCUCUCUCCAUCCCUCCAUCCUCCCUCUACUCUCUCUCCAUCCCUCCCUCUACUCUCUCUCUCUCCAUCCCUCCCUCUAAAUCUCUCUCUCCAUCCCUACCCUCUAACUCUCUCUCCAUCCCUCCCUCUAUCCUCUCUCUCCAUCCCUCCCUCUAACUCUCUCUCCAUCCCAUCCCUCCUCUAACUCUCUCUCCAUCCUUCCCUCUAUCUCUCUCCAUCCCUCCCUCCUCUCUACACUCUCUCUCCAUCCCUACCUCUAACUCUCUCUCCAUCCCUCCCUCUAACCUCUCUCUCCAUCCCUACCUCUACUCUCUCUCCAUCCCUCCCUCUAUCUCUCUCUCUCUCAUCUCCCUCCCUCUAACUCCUCUCUCCAUCCCUCCCUCUAACUCUCCCUCCCUCCCUCCAUCCCUCCCUCUAACUCUCUCUCCAUCCCUCCCUCUAACUCUCUCUCCAUCCCUCCAUCCCUCCCUCUAACUCUCUCUCCUCCAUCCCUCCAUCCCUCCCUCUACUCUCUCUCUCUCUCCAUCCCUCCCUCUAACUCUCUCCUCCUCCUCCCUCUAACUCUCUCUCUCCUCCCUCCAUCCCUCCCUCUAACUCUCUCUCCAUCCCUACCUCUAACUCUCUCUCCAUCCCUCCCUCUAUCUCUCUCUCCAUCUCUCCAUCCCUCCCUCUAUCUCUCCCUCCAUCCCUCCCUCUAUCUCUCCCUCCAUCCCUCCCUCUACUCUCUCUCUCCAUCCCUCCAUCCCUCCCUCUAUCUCUCCCUCCAUCCCUCCCUCUAACUCUCUCUCCAUCUCCUCCUCCUCUACUCUCUCUCCAUCCCUCCCUCUAACUCUCCUCCAUCCCUCCCUCUAACUCCCUCCAUCCCUCCCUCUACUCUCCUCCAUCCCUCCCUCUAAUCUCUCUCCUCCCUCCAUCCCUCCCUCUAACUCUCUCUCCAUCCCUCACCCCCUCUAACUCUCUCUCCAUCCUCCAUCCCUCCUCUAACUCUCCCUCCCAUCCCUCCCUCUAUCUCUCCUCUCCAUCCCUCACCUCUAACUCUCUCUCCACCCUCCCUCUACUCUCCCUCCAUCCUCCUCUUCUCUCUCUCCAUCCCUCCCUCUAACUCUCUCUCCAUCCCUACCUCUAACUCUCUCUCCAUCCCUCCCUCUAACUCUCCCUCCAUCCCUCCCUCUAUCUCUCUCUCCAUCCCUCCCUCUAACUCUCUCUCCAUCCCUCCAUCCCUCCCUCUAACUCUCUCUCCAUCCCUCCUCCUCUCUCCAUCCCUCCAUCCCUCCCUCCCUCCCUCUAACUCUCCCUCCAUCCCUCCCUCUAACUCUCUCUCCAUCCCUCCAUCCCUACCUCUAACUCUCUCUCCAUCCCUCCCUCUAACUCUCCCUCCAUCCCUCCCUCUAACUCUCUCCCUCCAUCCCUCCCUCUAACUCUCUCCCAUCCCUCCAUCCCACCUCUACUCUAACUCUCCCUCCAUCCCUCCCUCUAACUCUCCCUCCAUCCCUCCCAUCCCUCCCUCUAACUCUCUUCUCCAUCCCUCCAUCCCUACCUCUAACUCUCUCUCCAUCCCUCCCUCUAACUCUCUCUCCAUCCCUCCCUCUAACUCUCUCUCCAUCUCUCCAUCCCUAUCUCUAACUCUCCCUCCAUCCCUACCUCUAACUCUCUCUCCAUCCCUACCUCUAACUCUCCCUCCAUCCCUCCCUCUAUCUCUCCCUCCAUCCCUACCUCUAACUCUCCCUCCAUCCCUCCCUCUAUCUCUCCCUCCAUCCCUACCCUCUAACUCUCUCUCCAUCCCUACCUCUAACUCUCUCUCCAUCCCUCCCUCUAACUCUCUCUCCAUCCCUACCUCUAACUCUCUCUCCAUCCCUCCCUCUAAUUCUCUCUCCAUCCCUCCAUCCCUACCUCCAUCUCUCUCCAUCCCUACCUCUAACUCUCCCUCCAUCCCUUCCUCUAACUCUCUCUCCAUCUCUCCAUCCCUCCCUCUAACUCUCUCUCCAUCCCUACCUCUAACUCUCUCUGUAAUGUCAGGUCCCUGCACCGACCCAUUCCUCACAAACUGCAGGCAGUAAAAGCAACAUAAACCCUCCCAUAAAGCCCUGUCACACCUUAUAAAACUAAAACUAUAGAGGCUAUAGAGGCCCAGUCCUCUUUACUGUCUCCUCCCCUGUCUGUCUGCAUGUCUCCUCCCCUGUCUGCCUGCCUGCCUGUCUCCUCCCCUGUCUGUCUGCCUGCCUGCCUGUCUCCUCCCCUGUCUGUCUGCCUGCCUGCCUGCCUGUCUCCUUCCCCUGUCUGCCUGCCUGUCUCCUCCCCUGUCUGUCUGCCUGCCUGCCUGCCAGACAGCCUCUGCUAA